AUGGAUCUCUUCGCCUUUGUCACGUUUCGUCUUGUUGUCAUUAGUGCUCUUCAUGCUCUGACCGUUGCUGUGGCCGCUAAGGCUGCUGUGAUACAGGAGGGGAUCGUCCUCGUUCACGAUGCGCGCCGGUUCGGGGUGAGCGAGAGGGGGCUCUGGCACCUCGACCGCCUCCACUCCCGUGCCUUCCAGCCGCUAGCAAGGCAAGCUGUCGCGGACAAACGUCUGUACAUGAAACUUAUCCUGUGCAAGUUGAGGGCUGGUAGCGGCGGUGGCGGCGGCUGGGGUGGUGGCUCUCCCCCUGCGCCUGGCCAUCCGGCGGGCGUCUUCGACAUUGGCGACGACGACCUGACGCUGCUGGAUGCCAACUUGAUCGUCAGCAGCGUUCCCAGCGGCGGCGGCAGCCGGCGUGCCCUGUCGUCAGCGGAUCAGACGCAGCCGCCGCCGCACUUGUCGGGCACGAAGCGAGCUGCACCCAAUGCCGCAGCAGCAGCGGCACGAUUGCUGCGGAACACCAACACCAGCAGCAACAACAGGAGUGCCACUACCAUCGGCAGCGACGGCAACAACAACCAUCAGGCGGCAACAGACAGGGCCCCGCUCGGGCGGGCAGGCGGGGGGGGGGGCGGGGGGGGGGAUGAUGGUCUCGCGCCGCCGGGCGGGGUGGCGAUGGGUUCCGGCGGCGGAACUGGUGCAAGCUCGGCGCUGGAGGUGUCUUCGAGAUCCGCGCUGUGGUUCGCGCACAGGAAGUACCGGCUGGUGGUGUGCCUGGACCUGAGCACCAGCAUGUGUACCGGGCGGUGGUGGGGCAUACCGGUCGAGCUCUUCGUGAAGAACACGAUGAAGUAUAUUCAGGCGCUAGUGGCACCCAUCACCGACGCGCGGCAGCAGCAGGGCGCGGCCCAAUCCCCCUCCUCGCGGAUGGGCAUCGCGGAAGAGGUGCACGUGUCGGUGAUCGCCUACUCGAUAGAGCUGGACGUUGUGUGGUGCCUGAUCCAGGGGUUUCUCCUUCGCGGCGGGGCGGAGGGAGAUGGGCGCUCUCUCGGCCGGCUACGGGUGCUCCUCACGAAAGCCUUGCACGGCGUUGAAAACCGGUUCGAAACGGAGUGCGACCUGGCGGAGGCCGCGCGGCGGCACUCGAUCUACGAAGGCGACAUCGUCACCCCGUGCUCGGGUCACGGACACCGCCCGACUCCCGCUCCGGGGGUAGCGGCGACGGCUUCACGAGAGAGUGCCGGUGGUGGCGGCGGCGGUGUCAGCCGCGGCGGUUCGUCAAGGAGGAACUCCACCACUUCUUCUGCCGGAGGGGGCGCCUUCCCCCCGCUGCCGGAGGUGCCCCUGUCCACCACCUCUUCGUCUUCCGCCCCGGGCUCGGGGCCCGCGCCUCAACAGCAGCAGCAGCAGCAGCCGCGCCAGCAGGGCCGGCAGAAGACCCAGCUGGACGGGAUGGCGGAUGCCAUCGUUCUCGCGCUCAAGUUCUUGCCGCUGGAUGCGGCGCCGAUCGCCCUGGUGGUCACCGACGGCCUGGUGGACUACCCCUCGCCCACGGAGUACGACGGCCUGUCCAUGCGGCUCUGCCGCCACGACGUGGCCGUCUCGUGCCUCCUGAUGGACCGCAUGGGGGAGAGGGCUGAUGUGGGCGUUGGCGGCGGGGUCGGCGGCGGGGGAGCCGCCGCCACCACCGCUUCCUCCGUGGCGGUGUUGCCGAGCGGCAACAGGGGAGCUACAGCAGUGGGGAGGUGGUUGCCGGCGGCGGCCGCGGCGGGGGGGGUCGGGGGCGCCAUCGGCAGGUACGAGACGGACAGAGUGGACAUCAGCUUUGCGCCGCACGGCGAGGCCUACGCGGCCGCCCGGAAGCACCGGGUGCCGGACCUGAGCGGCCUCGCGCACCUGGUCGGGGUGACCGGUGGCUGGCUCUUCGACCUCGAGACCCUGGAGGCCGAGCUUGCUGCCGCCGCCGCCGCCGCCGCCGCCGCCGCUCCUGGCGGCGGAAGGGGUAUUCCGAUCCCGGGCACGGACGGGAGAGCGGCUGCACGCGAGGACGGGGCGGCGAAGGAGGAGAGUGGGGGGUCGGGGGAUGGGACGAUGUCUUGGGGUGGUGGCCCGAGCGCGGCGCUAUGCCAGGCGGGCCGCCCUGUCGCCGCUUCCCCCCUCCAGCGGAAGGCGCUCUUCCGGGCCUCUCCCCUCAGCGUAGAGACGUCGCGGCACCUGCUCUCGAGCCACAACCCGGCUCUCUACACGAGGAAAGCCCCAGCAGCGGGGGCGGGGGCGGCGGCGACGGCUUCCGCCACGACGAGGAGCAUCCUGAUACGCGGCAUGGCGGCGGGCGCCGGCGGCGCCGGUGUUGGUAGAGGAGGCGGCGGUGGCGGCGGCGGUGGCGAUAGCAGCGCGGGCACAAGCCCCGACGAAGGGGCGGGUCUGCUCGAGGCCAUGGACUCGGUCAGCCAAGUGUCUGCGCCCAGUGCCGGGGAGAUGGCCGAGAUGACGAAGCGGUCUAUGACCAUACUGCGGGAACACGACUGGAGCCUGGAUCCGGCCAACCUGUCGAGGGUGCUCGAGAUGCGUUGCUCGGAGGGCUUCCGCCUGUUAGACGUUGAGAUACGCCUCGUCAGGGACGGCGGCGGCGGCGGCGGCGGCGGCGGCGGGGGAGGGGGAGGCAAUUGUCCGGACAAGGGGCCUAGACGGCCGGCAAGCGCAACCAAGGCUGCUCGGCAGCAGCAGCAGCAGCAGGGCUCGAUGGCGCCCCCUAGUGGGCCCGCCAGCCAACAACCACAGGGAACGCCUAGCCGGAGGCGUAGCGGCACGAAGGACGCUGCGCCGUCGCCUUCGCCGCUGCUGGCGGCGGCGGUGACCGGGUUCGGCGGGGAAUCGUCGGGAGUUGGCAGCGGCGGCGUCGGCAGCUCCGCCGGAGGAGGAGGGCUCAUCCUUGAGGGAUUCAUGGUUGGAAGCCCUGCGAGAAGCGAAGGGGGGUGGCUCCAGACCGGCGGCGUCGGCGGCGGCGGCGGCGGCAGCGGUAGCGGUAGCGGCGCGAGGUUCCAGCGACAACGGUGGCGGAGCGGCAGCUUCGGUGGUGAAACCGGGAGCACCAGCGGCAGGAGGCCUCGCUCCGUGAGCGUUAGCAGCAGCAAGAGCGGCGGCGGCGCAGGCGGUGCAGGCGGCAGCAGCGGUUGCGGCGGAAGCGGAGGGAUGGAAGUGAGAGCCCGGUUCUCGUUGGCCUGGAGAACGGACGUUAGGGUGGACUACUGCUUGGAGUUCAAGAGCGAGCAUCAGGCACUGGCGAUGCCCGGGAGAGCGACCGUGUUCAUCGAGGUGCAUGCCCCGGCGCACUUCUUGGUGGACCUUCGGGAGACUACGGAGGAGGCGAAGACAAGGAAAAGGAAUCAAAGGACCGCAAACGGCGGCGGCGGUGGUCGCGGUAGAUUCGGAAGCGAUGGUGGCGAUGGCGCGGUUCAGCAAGGCGCGGGCGGCGAUGGGGGGGGGGCUGUUCGGCUAAAGGAUUUCCUCAAGACCUUGGAGCAGGUGGGCGACGAGAUGUUGAUCAAGAUCGAGAGGACCACGCAGAGCCUCGUUGCCUCGACGGCGUUACCCUUGCCGUCAUCGUCGGCCGCGGCGGCACCAGGGGCGUCAAACUUCCCGUCAGCGAGGCUCGACGAGCGGCUGUGCAGGCCUUACCUGUGGCUGGGGAGGAUAAGCGUGCCCGAGUGGCUUCGGUUCCUCAACAUAGAGUACGUGGAGGUUAUGUUUAGCGGUCUCCUGGCGACCAAGACCUCUGUGCAUAAGACGGUGGGUGGGAGCUCCGCGGCCCCUGUUCUUUACACUGCAGCUUGA